CAAAACCGCUAGAGGUAACCUGCCAGCGUGAGAGGUUAAAUCCCCAGUUUUUCUAACGAUAAGGCGGAUAUUAUCGCGGCUUGUUUAAUGCUAUUCUGGAGGUGUUUGAACUUCCCUCACAUUUCCCCCCGACGCAUUUCCACGAAGGGAGGCGGCGGUGGAGCGCUCGGCAGCCAUCUUUGGACCUGCCUGGGAGUGGGAUCUGACUACUCUGGCACCCCAGUUACUUAAAGGGUGGGGAUUUUAACCUGUAACAAUUCACAAAUGUGUCCGUUAUAAUCGACUGACAGUGUGAAGAAGAGCAAGGAUUCGGCGCACGAAGCGGUCUCGCUGGCGAUGAAACGGAGGGGAUCCUUUUCUGAUCCCAAACUGUUUUGAAUUAGCGACGUUCUCCACAGCGCUGAAACCUGGCCUGUCAAAAGAGGCUCUGAACACAUAUGAAACCACUGUCCUGCAGAUGAGUCAUCAGUGGGGGCUUUCACGUCGCUGUCGCAGACCCAGAUAGUUCCUGGCGGCAGCGGCAUUGCCCCCAACUCCCAAUUAUGCCCAAUAGCAGUCGGGCGGGGAGCCUCAAGGACCCCGAAAUUGCUGAGCUCUUCUUCAAGGAGGACCCAGAAAAGCUCUUCACGGAUCUUCAUGAAAUUGGACAUGGCAGCUUUGGUGCUGUAUAUUUUGCACGGGAUGUGCGGACAAACGAUGUUGUGGCCAUCAAGAAGAUGUCUUAUAGUGGGAAGCAGUCCAGUGAGAAAUGGCAAGACAUAAUCAAGGAAGUGAGAUUCCUGCAGAGAAUACAACACCCAAACAGCAUAGAGUACAAAGGAUGUUACCUACGAGAACACACUGCCUGGCUGGUAAUGGAAUAUUGUCUAGGCUCUGCAUCAGAUUUGUUAGAAGUUCACAAGAAACCUCUGCAGGAAGUUGAAAUAGCUGCAAUUACACAUGGUGCUCUUCAAGGGUUGGCUUAUCUUCACUCCCACAACAUGAUUCACCGAGAUAUCAAGGCAGGAAACAUCUUGCUGACAGAGCCAGGGCAGGUAAAACUAGCAGAUUUUGGCUCUGCUUCCAUCGCCUGUCCUGCAAACUCCUUUGUUGGGACUCCAUAUUGGAUGGCCCCAGAAGUCAUUUUAGCUAUGGAUGAAGGUCAAUAUGAUGGAAAGGUGGAUAUUUGGUCUUUGGGGAUAACCUGCAUUGAAUUAGCUGAGAGGAAGCCCCCACUCUUUAACAUGAAUGCAAUGAGUGCCUUAUACCAUAUAGCACAGAAUGACAGCCCCACACUGCAGUCUAGUGAAUGGACGGAUUAUUUCCGAAACUUUGUAGAUUCUUGCCUUCAGAAAUUACCCCAGGACAGGCCGAACUCUGAGGAGCUCUUAAAGCAUGCGUUUGUCCAGCGUGAGCGACCUGAAUCAGUUUUAAUAGACUUGAUAAACCGGACAAAGGACGCAGUACGGGAACUAGACAAUCUGCAGUAUCGUAAGAUGAAAAAGAUCUUGUUUCAAGAAGUCCACAAUGGCCCCACAGCACAAGAUGAAGAGGAGGUCUGUCAUGAAACUCUGGAGCCAGAACACAGUGUUGGUAGGACGGGUACAGUGAACAGUGUGGGGAGCAACCAGUCCAUCCCCAGUAUGUCAAUCAGUGCCAGUUCACAGAGCAGCUCUGUUAAUAGUCUAACUGAUGCAGGCGAUGACAAGAGUGAGGCAGACCUUGAAGGGGACCACACAGUAAUGUCCAACAGCUCUGUAAUACAUGUCAAACAAGGGGAAGAAACAUGUAACAAAGAGUCACAGCCUCACAACCGACCAACUGAACCACAGCCUGCUCCUGCACACACACCACGGCCAAGAAGAAACCGUGAACACUUUGCCACAAUACGCACAGCUUCAGUGCUCACUCGCCAGAUCAAGGAGCAUGAACAAGAUUCUGAAUUAAGGGAGCAGAUAUUGGGCUACAAACGCAUGAGGCGCCAGCAUCAAAAACAGCUGAUGGCUCUGGAAAACAAGCUGAAGGCUGAAAUGGAUGAGCACAGACUCCGUCUGGACAAGGAGCUGGAGAACCAGAGGAAUAGCUUCGCCCAAGAAAUGGAGAAACUGAUCAAGAAACACCAGGUGUCCAUGGAGAAAGAUGCAAAGACCUUUAGCAAUGAUGAAAAGAAGUUCCAACAGCACAUCCAGAGUCAGCAGAAGAAAGAACUUAACAGUUUUCUUGAAAACCAGAAACGGGAAUACAAACUUCGCAAAGACCAACUUAAAGAGGAAUUGAAUGAAAACCAGUCAACUCCCAAGAAAGAAAAGCAGGAAUGGCUGUCAAAACAGAAGGAGAACUUCCAAAACUAUCAAGCAGAAGAAGAGGCUAAUUUACAGCGCAGACAGAGGCAGUAUCUGGAACUGGAGUGCCGCAGGUUCAAAAGGAGGAUUUUGACUACUCGCCACAGAAUUGAAAAGGAUCUAUUGCGAGAGGAGCUAAGCAAGCGUCAAACCCAGAAGGACUUGGAACAUGCUAUGCUUCUCCGGCACCACGAGUCCAUGCAAGAGUUGGAGUUCCGCCAGCUCAACAACAUCCAAAAGACCAGGGCUGAACUGAUUCGGCUACAGCACCAGACGGAGCUAACCAAUCAGCAGGAGUACAACAAGCGAAGGGAGAGAGAACUUCGACGCAAACAUGCUAUGGAAGUUCGCCAGCAACCCAAGAGUCUCAAGUCCAAAGAGCUACAGAUCAAGAAGCAGUUCCAGGACACAUGUAAGAUCCAGACCAAGCAGUAUAAAGCGUUGAGGAACCAUCUGCUGGAGACUACGCCAAAGUCAGAGCACAAAGCUGUCCUUACACGGUUGAAGCAAGAGCAGCACCGCAAGCUUGCCAUUUUGGCAGAGCAGUAUGACCACUCUAUCAAUGAAAUGCUUUCCACUCAAGCGCUCCGUCUGGAUGAGACUCAGGAGGCUCAGUGCCAAGCCCUACGAAUACAGCUGCUGCAGGAGCUGGAGCUUCUCAACGCCUACCAGAGCAAGAUCAAGAUGCAGACAGAUGCCCAGCAUGAGCGUGAGAAGAAAGACCUGGAACAAAGGGUGUCACUCCGAAGGGCCCUGCUGGAAACAAAGAUUGAGGAAGAGAUGCAGUCCUUGCAGAAUGAAUGCUCAGAGCGAAUCCAGAUCGUGCUGGAACGCCAAGCCAGAGAAGUUGAGGCUUUUGACUCUGAGAGUAUGCGCCUGGGCUUCAGCAACAUGGUGCUAUCAAACAUCUCUCCAGAGGCUAUGAGCAAUAACUUUCCCGGGGCUCAAGUAAGUUGGAGUCAGCAUCAGCAGCAGUACCCAUCUGGAAGCUCUCCUGGAGCACAUUGGGGCAGCAGCAGUUCGGGUGCAGGGUUGAGUCACCAAGGUCAUCAUCGAUAUCACUCCAGUCCAGGAGGGGCAUCUAUGCAGCACGGCUGGGGACAGGGCAUACCUCCAACACCAUGGGGCCACCCAUCAUCUGGACCUCUGGUCACACGCAGUAGUGGAGGUAUGCAGAAUAGCCCCCAAGGGAUGGGGAGGACACCCUCAGGAGGGCACAGUGAGCAGGGAAUGAGUAGGAGCACUAGUGUCACCUCUCAAAUAUCUAACGGGUCACACCUCUCCUACACAUAGAUCCCUCGUCAGCCAUGGAGUCAAGAGUCUAAAUGUGGAGAAUCUAACAAACACAUCAGGGCGGAGCUCUACCGCUCUGUCUCUCCCUGACACUAUCCCCGUCAUUUACCAUUUCUCCCUUGUACAGAUGUAGAUGUGUGAUGAAAUAAAUGUUGCUCAGGUCAAAAGGGCUGGAAAAGGCACAGCCCGUCCUCACGGCAGUUUAUCGGCACACAUGCAGAUCCUUAAAUUUAUGUUACAUAAGCAGUUUGAGUGUCAAUAUGUUACUUUCAUUUGUGUUUAUUUACAGUUCUCUCCUAAGGAGGAUUUAAAAAAAAAAAAACAACAUAAGUUUGUGCUACUCACAGCCAUUGCUCUCAUUUUGCACAUGAAACACUGUUAAAAGCCUUUGACAUGUGUUAACUUUGUCCUUUUUAAAUGUAUCAAACAAUCACAGAAAACAUUCUGUUCAGGACCUCCUUUCUUCACUCUCCCCAUUCGUAUUCAGUAAGACACUGGCCUAUUGUGUGAGUGAGUGAAGAUGCUUGUGAUACAAGCCUGCUGUAAUGGUCAUCAUGCUGAAUUUGAUUUCUAUUCAUUAGUUUUAUUUCCUAGUCAUCAACCAAAAUGGAACUUUACAGAUUCAGAGCCAAAUAAACUAGUCUUAACUGAUUCAUAUAUAUGCUACAACUAUCCUACAGUGCCUUUUAACCUUUGAUAACUGAAAUCAGUCUCAGAUCUUUAUCGUUUAAUAGUUUCAUCCAUUUCUUAUCAGUGCUAGUUUGUUUUGUUUAGCCUAUUUUAGCAGGUUUCCAGGCCCAAGUGUUUUUCUCAGAUUCUCAUAUUCAGUGUAUUCAGUACAUUUGGUUUAAGUCCUAAAUAAGCUGAGAAAUGGAACAUUUCUGGUACAUAUCUAGAAAUAAUUUUUCAUGCCUUUAGGUGGUACUUGAAGGGGAAACUUGGAAACCCCUGCAUUACAGAGAAUGUCAUUGUACAUGUUCACAGAAGGAACUGAGACUUACUGGCCUUUAUAAACAAUCCUAGUAUACAUCUGCUUAUUUUUAUUAGUGCCUUUUAAAACUGCUGCCUUGUUGAAAGCACUUUAUACAGCUAAAUGUGUGUGUGAUAUUAAUUUUUGACUCCUUUCCACAAAGCACCCAGUGAGUGAUCAUUGGUACGCAUGUUGUUAAGUUUAGGAGUCAGACUUACAUGUGUUGUGAUUUUUUUUUUUUUUUUUUUUUUUUUUCUUCGUUAGAGCAAUUUCCCAAGUACAAACUUCACCCAGGGUAUGGCAACUUAAAAUAUAUGAGUGAAGAGAUUUCCCCUCAUUCUGCAGCUUUUACAGUGAAGCUAUAGUUGUUAUGGGUUGUCUCUGUUGCAUUUAUGCUAAACUCAUAGAAUAAAUAGAAUAUGUGAGAAUGGUGCUUUUUUUUUUUUUUUUAAAAAGAGAGAUGUUUUGGCCAGAGUUUCUAUGAGCUGAGCUGAGUAACCUGGAGAGUCUAUUAGGGCAGGCAGGUAGUUAGGGUAAUUUCCAUGACCAUAACAGCAGGCUUGACACAACUAGAAACACUGGGCCCAAGUAAACAACACUAAUAAUUUAAAAGGUGCUAAGUUAAUGUUAUACCAAGUCAUUAAAUCUCCAAAACAAGGGUGACUGAAUCAAGCACAUGCUUGCAUUUUGACGUUGUAGCAGAAAGUUCUAAAACUGAGUCAGUGCACACUAAAAAAAACAAACAAAACAUAAGCCAAAUGCAAAAUAAAUGUGGCAAAAAGCACUUCCUUUCCUCCUCUGAAUUAUAUACGUGUCUGCUUUUUCCCUUUUUUUUUCCUCCAGUUUGUGGUUAAAUGACCUAUCCCUGGAGAAGUAUGGUUCCCAUUUUACCUUUUAACAGCCUCUCCAUUCAAGUGAGACUUGGCAUUUUGACACUGAGAAUAGAAAACACUUUAAAGAUAAUUCUCUGGAUUUGGUGAAAGUGAAUGCUCCUCCACAUAAAGCUGGAAUUCAUGUUUUUGCGUGUUUUAUUGCAGGAAUUUUUAAAAGUAAACCCACGUUUUAAGAAAAUAAUUUCUAAAACUGACAGACUACAGUGACGUUGGCAAACCUUUCACACUCGGAGUUUAGGCAUUGAGUUGUGUGGACAUACAUCAACGUUGUUCUUGGUUUGUGUGCACUCACAAAAUGGCUUUACUGUCAUCUUUAAAUACCAUUUAUUUAGUCACUAUCUCUUAGCAUUACCACUGCGGAGUUAGUUCUCUCUCACUGCACACAUUUGACCAUUGUCUCCAUUCCACUCUGAUUCAGAGCCGCCUUUUCAGAUGCUGGCUCUUUCUGAAUGUUGUUUAUGUAUUCCUAUCAUAUUUGAGGACACAAAAAUGCUGGGAUCUUUUUCUUUCUAGGUGGGAUUUUAACUUUCAAUAUGUGUAUAUUCUGCCUAGAAAGUAUGCAUUGUAUCAAGUUACAUAUGGUUUGGUCCUGAAACUUUUUGUUGUUGUUGUUGUUGUUGUUGUUAUGCCAACUGAUUAGUUCCAGCUACUGUAACACAGCAGGUUGUAUUCAUCAUUUCUUUUCUGAGUUAUUCAUAUUGUAAAAAAGAUGAGAAUGUAUUUAUCUUUAUUGGAUUGUUACUAUAAGUCAGAGGCCAAGGCCAAGAGUUUGAAUAUUAGGUCAAUCAGACCUCACAUAAAUGCCAACUUUGUUUAUGUGAACACAUUUUGUUCACAUUUGUGUCAUAGUUGUGCGUGAGGGGAAUCUGGAUUUGUUGUCUGUCAUAAGACUUCUCCACCAGCCUGGAUUUUAUUUUGUUUUUUUUUUUUACUUGUUUGGCUUUACUUUGUCAGAUUUUUCUCCUACUGACUGAAAGCAUGUAGGAUACUGAAUGAGAAUCAGCAACAGAAAAUAGCGAUCCUUUUUAUGGUCCAACACUGUGCCAUACCUUAGUUGCCAAGCCCAGAUACCACUGCAUUUGUUUCAUCUCCAUGUUUUAACCUAUCAUUGGGCUGACCACAUGAAAUGUAUGAAACAUAACAAGGUUCUGGUCUAGUGGCCAAAGUUUAAAAAAAAAAAAAAAAAAAG